ACAGCCCAUAGCCACUAGCCAGAAGCAAAAACACUCCACUCUCGAAUUGGCUUUUUCACAUUUGCUUCAAUGUCUGAUCCAAUCAUCAUCUCCGACGAUGAAGACCAAAAGACUCCGGUACCAUUUCUCUCCAAAAAACCCAGAACCUUGUCUGACCCCUUCCCUACAAUUCUCGUGCUCGACGAUGAUCCAACACCUCAGAAAUUUCAGCCUGCCUCCUCCUCCUUCUCUUCCACUCCCUCUUUCGUCGCCGAGACUCCAAUGUCUGAUCUCUCAAUCGUGAAAUGCACAAAAAGAUCUUCAAAUUCCCAAAUUGGAGUUUCCAAUUGCGACCCAAAGCCCUCAGGAAAUUGUGGAUUUAUGUGUUUGGAAUCCGAAAAUGAGGAAUCAGAAAGCGAGCCUGUAAUGGAAAAUCAGAAGAACAAAACAAUGGCUGAUAGUGAUGAUGAGAAAGACAAGAUGGGUUGGUGUUCUAGACUAUUUGGUUCCACUGAUUUGCUUGAUAGUGACCCCAGUAAUUGGGAUCCACAUUCUUCUAUAUCAACUGUCAUUGUGGAAGAACACUUAUCAGGGGAUGGUAAUCCAGCUCAAGCAACAGGGGACGCUUCUUCCCAACCAGUUUUCUUACAAGGUGAUAUUGAUCAGGUAAGUAGUCCUGAUGGAGAAAAUUUUAGCAUGGAACGGAGGAGUAGGACUGUAAAACAAACCACAACUGAUGUUAAUUAUGACAAGAAUAUCAUGAAGAAAGGUGCAGGGAAGAAGAAGAUGUCAAAAGAGGAAAGAAUCCAAUUAGCAGAAGAAAAAAAGCUCAAGAAAGAACAAGAGAAGUUGCAAAAAGCAGCUCUGAAGGCUCAAACUGCAGAGCUGAAAAAAUUGGAGAAGGAAAAGCAGAAGUGGGAAAAAGGAAAGUUAGCCCUAAAAUCUAUAGUUGCUGAGUUUGACACUAAGAUAGUUGAACAGGGGUCAGUUGGAGGACAUUUGCUUACGAGGUUUGCUGAGAAAGGUCUUACAUACCGCAUAACAUCAAAUCCAAUUGAAAAGUCUAUUAUUUGGAGUAUGAGUGUUCCAGAACAUAUUUUGCAGCUUUCUCCUGAAGGAACUGAGGUGCGAUAUGUGUUACUUGUAUAUGAGGCCGAGGAGUUUUGCAAGCUUGUUAUAAAUGAAUCACUUCUGGGCCAUGUUACUAGAGUUCAAAAUCGUUAUCCAUCUUAUACAAUUUGCUAUCUCACAAAUAAGCUGAUGGCUUAUAUAAAUAAAAGGGAAAAGGAACAAUACAAGAACCCAGAAAAUGAUGAUGCUUGGAGAUGUCCACCUGUUGAAGAGGUCCUGGCAAAACUGACCACUCAUUUUUCCAGGGUACACUAUAGGCAUUGUAGAGAUGAAGCUGAACUUGCUGAACAUAUAGUGGGUUUGACAUGUAGCCUGGCAACUUGCCAAUUUAGAAAUAAAUUAACGCGACUAUCUGUGAAUGCUAAUGGUUCCCUUAUCCCUAAAGAUUCUGUUGACAAGGAUUUAAUAAAAAAGAGUCCAUGGUUAAAAGCGUUGGUUGCUAUCCCAAAGGUGCAGCCACGACAUGCUGUUGCUAUAUGGAAGAAGUAUCCUACCAUGAAAUCUCUUUUGCGUGUUUACAUGGAUCCUAGCAUAUCGUUGUAGCUUAAGUGUCCAGUAUAUUUUAGACUUGCAUCCGGGACAAAUGUUAUGCGAGGAUGGAAUUGGAAAUGAAUACUGCUCUACUUUGGAAAGGAUUCUUUCGUACUUUGAUUCUGAAAUACAUGUUUUCUGAGUGAAGAAUAGAAAAUGUAUCCUUAUUUCACAAAGCUUCUGGGUUUGCAAGGGUCAGAGUUGCCUAUUGUACUCAACUUUCUCCUACCCUUUUUCUGGGUGACCAUAUCCUCGGUGUGAAAAAUACAGCGAUUAGCUUUAUAUUAUCUUGGUUUCUGUGGAAGGGGUAACAUAUCAUGUUAAGACAUUUUUCUCUCCCAUCAAAUGGCAGGUCCAUGACAAGGAAUUUCUGCUUGAGGAUUUGACCACAGAAGGUUUACUUGGUGGUGAAAGAAGAGUAGGUCAGAUUUGUUCUAAGCGAGUCUAUAGAAUACUUAUGGCUCAAAGUGGAAGCAUCAAAACUGAUGAUGUUGA